UCAAUAGCCGCCUUAUCAACGAUCGGUACAUGGCCCAUAAUAUGACUCGAACUGGACUCAACCAAUGCCCCUCAACAGCACUAUAGUGGGCUCUAAAGGGUAAUAGCGGGCGGGACAAGCAAGCGACGGAUCUUUCCUGGGUUACAUCCCUCGCUCUUCGUGCCCGUCCCCGACAAAAUGGGAGCUUAAGCGAAGGCUCAAGAUGAAUUUUGCUCUUAGCUGGUCUUACUCCCGGCCUAAAAGACCGAAGAUAAACACAUACUCACCACAAGUGCUCCUUCCAAUCCUUAAGGGACUGGAGCAGAUCGACUGGAGACAUCUUCAGCUUAGGCACGUACUUGCUCCACUGGAGGCUUCUAGACUUCUCGAGAGACAGAAGUCCAGAAGUGAGAGACACAGGCCUUCAGGCUUUAUGUCUAAAGUAAGACUCUGCCUUCGCCCCUUUUCAGUACCAUCCGAAAGAUUUGGAGAGCCUUCUCCUCGCUCAUACCUUCCGUUGCCCUUCACUGCAAUAAUCGCCACCCCCCCAAUCCCUUUACACUCUAGUAACCUCUCCUUGGCUUUUCUUCUCGUCUUUCCAUCACUCCUCGAGAAGCGCUUUCAUUCAAUAACUGCUCUCAGCCCCAAUUGCUCUGAUUUACGGGCUCAUUCCCUGCGGUCCAUCCGUUCCUAUCGCCACAACCACCAACAAAUUUGGUGCACUCUUUACAACGGGAAAGCCGGACGACGUCAUACUCCCUAGCGGUCCAGGCCGUCUUGUGCUCUGAACCCGUGCUCACCGCGACUCUUCAUUAUUCACCGACACACCGCAACACACCUACCGAUCGAUAGGCCAACUACCGUCCUCGUCAGCAGGGUACGGCUAAUCAAUCAUCCAAUCUCCGCGGCGAGAUCAGCCCACUAAGCGGCCGCGAGACUUUCUCCGACUGCGGAAGAAGCCACUGACCCCUUUGGUGCCAAGCAUCACGCCUU